GAAAAAGAAUGAAUUGAUAUAAAUAGUUAAAAAGGUGAAAAAAAAUUUUUUUUUUUUCCAAAAAAAAAGGAGGAAAAUCAAGUUCUCCGAUAGUGGGAAGGAUUUGAAAGGAGAAAAAUGAUCACGAGGGUGCUAAUACUCUCGCUGAUGGUCCUUCUCGGGGCCUUCGACGCUCCAAAUAUUGAGGGGAAAUCUCCCAAAAAAAUGGUUUAUGCAAGUAGUGGAUGUAAUGCAUGUCGUAUGCAUGAGGAGAUUAGAGCAUUGAGCCUUGAGGCAAUAAAGGAGCAAAUUUUAAAUAAAUUGGGCCUUAAACAAGCGCCAAAUAUGACGGGUAGAGCAUUACCAAGAAUUCCACCAAUAUCAAAAUUGAUGGACAUGUAUGGAGUGCAAGCUGAUCAACCAUUAGAGCCGGGAAUUACCCAUCAUGAGGAGAUUGACGAGUUUGCUGCUAAAACGGAAAGCGUCUUUGCCUUGGCACAACCUCAUCAGAGGCUAAGGCAUUCAAAGGGUAGUUUGGAUGUAUUGUACUUUAAAUUUUCCGAUAAAGUAAUUCAGCAUCGUGUUACAAGGGCGGAACUUUCGUUAUGGAUUUAUGGUACAACGGAGCCGCGCGAUGAUUGUGAGACGGAAAUUGAUUUGGAUAUUGAUGCUCCAGUUACGAUAACACUCCAAAGAAUAUUACGUGGUGCAACUGAGACAGGUGGACCACUAUUGGGUCCACCAUUAACGACAAAAUACUCGAGGCCAAUUGGUAGACGUGGCAAAUGGGUGACAAUUGAACUUAGACGCAUGGUCGCCGAAUGGUUUAAACAUCCGAGGGAUAAUCUUGGUGUUGCAUUGAAAAUUGGUGGUGGCGGUGGCGGUAAUCACAGGAGGAAUUAUAAACCCGUGGAAACAAAUCCUGCCGCGGAAAAUGCCCCCUAUUUGGAGGUUCAAACGCAGGAACUCGAUUCACGAAGAGGUGGUAGAAUCAAGAGGAACGUUGGUCUCAAUUGCGACGAAGCAAGUCAAGAAUCAAGGUGCUGUCGUUAUAAACUCACCGUUGACUUUGAGAAAUUCGGCUGGGAUUGGAUAAUUGCGCCUAAAAAAUACGAUGCAAACUAUUGUUCGGGGGACUGUCCCAUGGCUUUUUUGCCUGCAUAUCCAAACACGCACAUAGUGAGCCUUGCCGAGCCUCCAAAUAACACGGGACCAUGUUGUGCGCCGAGGAAGCUCUCAGAAAUCACAAUGCUUUACUUCGAUAAUGAGUAUCAAAUUGUUUUUUCACGAUUGCCAGGAAUGGUAGUCGAACGUUGUGGCUGCUCAUAGUCUUUUGAUCACAAUAAUAUACUGACGACAGCGACGACGACAAAAAAAGAAAAAAAAAAUUUUUUUUUCACAUCCCCUUUACAACAUAAUCAUCUCUUCAUUAUUAUUUUUUUUUUCAACUUUCUAUAUGAUGGAUAAAAUUAAUUUAUCAAAAUUUUUA